AUGUCAGACCCAACAGAGGAACUCCCCAACAAGCCCUUCACGGCCCAGUUGUCCCAUGUUUACCUCAGCAUCUUGGCACUGUUCUGCUUUAAGCUCUUUGUUAAGAUUUCUCUCAACUUGCUGGCAUACUUCUACAUUGUCCGUGGGAACCGUAAAGAGGCUGCCAGGAUAUCAGCAGAGUUCUAUGAUUAUGGUCAACAACACAGAUCCUGGGCGGAUCGCUCCCCCCUACAUGAUGCUGCGAGUCAGGGCCGCCUCCUGGCUCUGAGGACCCUCAUUUUGCAGGGUCACAGUGUGAAUGUUCUGACUAUAGACCAUGUGACACCCCUUCAUGAGGCCUGUGCUGGAGACCACGUCGCUUGUGCCAGAGCUCUCAUUGAUGCAGGAGCAAAUGUCAAUGCUUUUACAAUUGAUGGAGUCACACCUCUGUACAACGCCUGUACCGUGGGCAGUGUUGCAUGCACUGAAAUUCUUUUGGAAAAUGGAGCAAAACCCCAGAGCCAUGUAUACCAUCCCUCACCAAUCCAUGAAGCUACAAGCAAAGGUCAUUACGGUUGUGUAGAGGCUCUGGUGACUUGGGGGGCAGAUGUGGACAUGGACAUUCCUCACCUGGGUACAGCGCUCUAUACAGCCUGCGUCUGCCAAGAGCUGGAGUGUGCCAGGAAACUCCUGAGGGAAGGUGCAAAUGUACAGAAAGGCAAAUCCCUGGAUUCACCCUUACAUGCAGCUGCAGAAAAAGACUGCACAGCUGUAGUGAAGCUGCUGCUGGACUUUGGUGCAGACAUUAAUGCCCGGAACACAGAGUUUCAGAGGCCAGUAGAUGUGGCUCCACCCAGCAGUCUAACAGAGGGCUUCCUACUACUAUAUGAAGCUACACCACGACUGCUGAGUCAGGUGUGUCGUCAGUGCAUCAGGAACUCUGUCGGCCGUGACAGACUCCAUCUUCUUUCCCACCUUCCCCUGCCCAACAGGCUCAGGAACUACCUGCAGUACCAAUGACAGACAGAACAACUAAACUGUCUGCCUUAAUGGGACUUACAUAGAAAAGCACUUGACACAAAAAGCAAAUCAACUUCAUGAACUCUUCCUACUUUUAAUUUUAGCUACCAGUCACUGCAGUCAGAGUAAUUAGUUGAAAUUAGUCACAGAAUUCACCUGAGUAGUUGACCUAGAUGAGGGUUUCUAAAAGAGCUUGCAGAUGUAGUUUUCCCUAGAUAAAUUACGGUAACAAAAUAUAACAAAUUAAAUAUUAUUUGCAAUUCAUGUUUGCAGUAUUUAGAAGUUUCCUUAAUAGUUGUAAUAACCUUACAUAAUACUAAUAUCAUAAAUGCACAAUGAAUGAACGUGAAUGAGUAUUCAUAGUUUU